UUUUAAGAUUUGCAAGAUCAAGAAAAUCCUAAAGUCUUUCUGUCGCCUUAGGAAUGCGACCAGGUUCACAUUGAUGACGUGUCUUCGGAUGACAAUGGUCAAGACUUAAGCACCUAUAACUUUGGAACGGAUGGCUUUCCCGCAGCUGCCACCAGCGCUAAUUUGUGCCUCGCGACAGGGGUGCGUGGAGGAGUGGAUUGGAUGAGAAAAUUGGCAUUCCGCUACAGACGAGUAAAAGAAAUAUAUAAUACCUACAAAAACAAUGUUGGAGGUCUUCUUGGUCCAGCAAAAAGAGAGGCUUGGCUACAACUAAGAGCAGAAAUUGAAGCUUUGACGGAUUCUUGGUUAACACUUGCACUGAAAGCACUCACCCUUAUUCAUUCAAGGACAAAUUGUGUGAAUAUCCUUGUAACAACUACACAGCUAAUUCCAGCUCUGGCAAAAGUCUUGUUGUAUGGAUUAGGGGUUGUAUUUCCCAUAGAGAAUAUUUACAGUGCAACUAAAAUAGGAAAGGAAAGUUGUUUUGAGCGAAUAAUUCAAAGAUUUGGAAGAAAAGUAGUGUAUGUGGUUAUAGGAGAUGGUGUCGAAGAAGAGCAAGGCGCUAAAAAGGAAACACGAUUCAGAAAAGCAUAGGAGAAAGCCCUUCCAGCUGCUAAGAGGUGUAGCAGCACAGAAAGUUCCUUUGUGCCAUUGCUUCUGUAUAUUCUUUCUUAUUUGAAGAAAUGUAGAUUUAAAGCAUGCUAGAUUAGGCUCUGGAUUAAACUGUUCUUUAAAACAAUUCCAGAGAAGUCAGUUAAGUACACCAGCAACCUCGCCUUUCUGCAAAAACUAUUAAUUUGAUUAAAGGAAAUGUCUCUGUGACUCUUGUCCUGCUCCUUGCUCCUCCUAAAAAGAGCUCCCCCAUUGCAAGCUGUGAAAGCGGGACUUGAUCCUUGGUUUUGUCCUUGCAUAGUGUCAGAGCGAAAAUCACAGAGUACUUGGAGCUAAUCUCAGUUCAGAUGGUGCAUUGUUGUUUGACUGCUCCUCAGGUUGUUUUUUUAGCAUUAUAGGGAGGAAUAGGCACAGGAGUGUGCCAUAGAGUAUAUUGUACUUCACUUCAAAGACAUAUGCCCUGUCUAAUGCAUGAGUAGUACUGCUGUAUUAGAAAACUGUACAAGCAUAUACCUUUUGUAGAGUGUUUACAAGCAAAAUUGAGACUAUUCCCACAGAAAAUGUGAAGCCCAUCAGCCAAAACUGUCUUAAGUGUCUCAUUGCCUUGCUUAUCCUCUCACAUAAUAGCUUCCUUCCUAUCAGCAUAUUCAGUUUUGGGCCCCUCAUUACUGGAAAGACAUUGAGGCUCUGGAGUGUGCCCAGGGAAGGGCAACAAAGUUGGUGAAGGGUCUGCAAUGCGAGUCUUAAGGGGAGUGGCUUAGGUGUGGAGAAGAAGAGGCUCAGGGAGACCUUGUCACUCUUUACAACUGCCUGAAAGAAGGCUGCAGUGCACUGGGGGUUGGACUCUUCUUCCAGAUACCUAGUGACAGAACAAGAGGUAAUGACCUCAGCUUGUACCAGGGGAGAUUCAGGUUGGAUAUUAGCAAAACUUUCUUCUCAGACAGAGUAGUGAGGCAUUGGAACAGGCUGCCCAAGGAAGUGAUGGAGCCAUCGUCUCUGAAGGUGUUCAAGAAGAGUAUAGAUGUGGCACUGAGGGGCAUGGUUUACUGGCAUGGUGGUGAUAGGCUAACGGUUGGACUAGGUGAUCUUAGUGAUCUUUUCAACCUUUACAAUUUUGUGAUUCUGUGGUAUUGUCAAGGCAGGGACAGUGUUUAUGUCAUUCCUUUGUACUGUACUUUGCUGCAGAAGGUUGACUUGUGGAGAAGCCCUUAGUGUAUGUACUUUUUUUUACAUAGAACAUGGACAGUACACCCUUCUUUAAAAUUUAAAUAGCCCUUCACUGCUUAAGUACAGUUCGUAAAAAGUAUAUUUAAAUGACUGUAUAAAUUCAAAUCUAAUUCAUUUUUUUCUACUCCUUCAGUGAAAAGAGCUGAACUUCAAGCCUAGGAGAUCAUAAAGUUGAGAUUCGUUAUUAAAAUAACUUACUAAUAAUUUAGCCAGUUGCUUCAUCACGAGACAAGGUUUUUUACUGUUGAAAAGCCUGAGUCAAUACAACAGAAGAAAAAAGAUGUGUUUUAAGUCUUUUUUUAUUAUCAUUAUAGUAAAAAUUCGAUGAUACAUUCUUUUCCAUACAGGUUAAAAGGUCACUGCUCUUUUCAAAAAUGUGUUGAGGAGAGAUUGGUAUUUUGUAAAAUGCCUCUCCUGAUCGAUGGAAAUAAAUACAGCACACUCAGGAAACAGCACACUCUUAUGUUUCAUGUAACACGGGACAAGCCAUGGUAUCAACACCUUGCCUUAGCUGUCACUUCCUGCAGAAUAUAAGACAAUUAAAAUCCUUAGGCCGUUUGCAUUACAGGCUGAGGAGAAAUCGUACCCUUCUGGAUGGUUUCAGGAGGCAGGGCAGCCACAGCAGCAGAGUUCAUGUCGAGGUUGCUACCUUUAGAGAAGAGGGAGAGGAGGGGAGAGGGAAAAGAGAGGAGAGGCAAGGAGUGCUCAGGGCUGGGUGCUGUGGGGGCACGUGCCUGCAGCAAGCCCGGGCAUGGGGCUGCCUCCUUCCCUGUGUGUCUGCAUGCCUCUGUGGUGACAUAUGCAGAAUCAGUUCCUGGGUUUCUUUGCCAGAAACUCCAUUGUCUUGAGUUUUUUGUUGGGAAAUAUUCAUAAGGCAGGAAAAAAAAAACAAACUCCUGAGGUUUCCUACUUGGGAGAAUCUUGCAAAGUAUUUCUGAUUUGCAAGAUGAGACAAAAGGAGGAGCGUCUCUUCGUGGAGGAGAUGGAUUUUACAUCAGGUGAUUCAGGAGAGCCUGGGCAAAUCAGUUUCUCCCUUUGUCGGGAGAAAUGGUCAUUCAGCUUUGGAGGGAAAUUGUGAGGAAAAAUCAUAAAUCUUCACAGAGCAAUAAAUAGAAUAUAAAUGGCUAUCCAGUCUGCAACUGCUUUAAAGCUCGCAGUCACACUGUGCUGCUUAGGUUUGGGUAGGAAGUAAAGGCGACCACUUAGCAAAAUCUGGCAGAAACACAACAAAAAUACUGUGAAAGAUGACAGAAACUUAUGAGUUUUCAGUUCAAAUAUGUCGCAAAUCUCAGGAGUGAGAUUUCUCUAGAAAUAUGAAUUCAUUUAAGGGAAGGAUAGCCUGCAGUUUCCAGUGUUACUUAGUCAAAAAAUGAUUUUGUUUUCUGCAUUUAUUGAAGUGCUCUGUUUAUUUUGGUGAAUACUUGGAGUUUUGUUCUUUUAGCGAAAAUAAUACUGCCUCUAGUUCAAAAUUUAGAUACCUUAGUAUUUUAGGUUAUUGAAUAAUUUUAUAAUUACUAGAUAUACUAAGUGAAUAAUUUAACUUUUCUUGCUUAAGCCAAACAAGCGCAAAGUGAACCUUCUGCCACCGUACUUAAUUUAAAAAUAGAAUUGAAAUGUUCAUAGCUUUAUUUAUUGCCAAGUGUCACAUUAUUAAACACCUACAACACAAUUCAUGCUUUUUAAUAGACAAAAGUUUGGUAUUUACUUGGAACACAGUGAAAUAGUGCACAAAAGCCUUGCUUUACUGCCAGCCUAGCCAUUCAUUCCCCCUAUAAGCAAUAAGAAAAGCUCUCUGACAGUUUCUUUAGUUCAUAAUGCAUCCAGCUAGGCUGCUGUUUGUUAGUGGUUAGUGUUGGUCAUCUGUUCUCGAGCAUCAGUCUAUGAUAUAUUAGCAUUUUUUGGUGUGCUCAGAGUAGAAGACACAUAUUAGGAUGUGUGUGCUAAGUGUUGGCAGUGAGGGCUUUCUAAAGGCAAUUUUUAGUAAAUGUAUAUCCAUUGAAACUCUUGUCUGAUCAUUUUGUAAGAAAAAAAAUGAGUCUCUGUCUCACUGUUGACAUUGCUUGUGGAUAAGCAGGGCAACGCCAAAACAGGAAUUAUGUAUAAGGUUUUGCUUGACCAUUUUGUACAGUCAUUUAUUACAUCAGAUAAAGUGAAAACUAUUGUAUAUGCCCAGUAAACAAACAUGCAUAUAUAUGGACACAUACGUGUGUGAGGCUGCAUAUACACACACAAAUGCAUGCAUGUAGCUAUAUAUAGAUCUGUAUCAGGUUUGUUUCCCCUCCUCUUAGCUAUGAAGUCUGUGCCGUAGGGUCAGACUGAUAGAGAUCUGAAUCAGCCACAUGGGCCCCAUGCACGGAGCGCCUAUGCAGAUUCCAGUCCCCAUGCAGCCGCUGCGUUCCUGGCGUGUUUCAUUUCUUGGGAGUGUACGGCUGGUCCUUUGACCUAUACGCAGGAGAAAUUAAAAUAAUUAUAAUCCUGAGAGUUACACAACCUCUUUGUUUUCAUGGGACUCUCCAGGCUCUCAUUCCACGUCUCGCUGCUAUAACCGAAUAGAUUAAGUGGAGGUAUAUUCCUUUAACAGAUAUAAAUAAAGCAGAGGACUCUUAAGUGAAUUUCAGAGUUGCAAAGAUACAGCCAAUAUAAUGAUCAUUUAAAGUUUUUGUUUUAAACUCUGACCAUAAACAGCUGAGAGUAAUCCAAAACUUGAUAUUGCAUAUGGGCAUCAUAGCAAGAAUCACUGUGAUUUGAUUUAGCAGAAGCAAACCUUCUGUGAAAACAAUCAGGGUCUUUAACUAACCCUGACGCCUGGUGUGUGUACGCUCUGUGGUGCUGAGGUUGUUACUAGGGAAGCAGUAUAAUGCUGGAGGAGCUGCAUGAGGUGGGGAGCUGGAAGCCAAGAAUUUAUUACUACAAUUCUCCCUAUUCAUUAGUUUGCUGUAUGUCCUUGGAGGGCUUCCAUGUCAUUGACUCUUGGCUUCUGCAGAGACACUACUCAAGGGCAGGUGUCCACCAAACCCUGCACCACACUUAGGUAUGCUGUUUACUCCUCUCUGAGCCGGUGGUUGAGGCAGAGCUGAUUCCAAGCUGACAGAAAGAGCAGAUAGCUGCUGCUUUGCACCUGGGCAAGGAGAGGGAAGCUGCAACCACGCAAAAAUGGAGACAGCAAAACUGAGUGCUCUCAGUUGGCAAGCACAGCUUGGAUCAGCCGCAAGCAGAAACCGUGCCUGUUUGUCCUUGAUGUAAUGUCCCUGUCAGAUGUUAAAUUCUGAUCUUGCAGCCUAAAGAACAGAUAGGAACACAGAAGCUUUAGGAGAGCCCAGAAAACAAAAUGAAAACAGGAGAUUUUAUUUCUAUUUGAAAUUGUUCAUACAUUUACUGAGCACGAUGCAAGAAAUGAAUUUUUUAGGAAAGAUUUGAGCUGGAAAGUAGUAAUACCUGACCUGAAGGAAGGAGACUGUCCCCUUUACUCUGCUUUGGCUAAAAUCUGUUUUAGGACAAAAAAUUGAUCUCUUUUGGACAGAACUAAACAAGAGGUGCUUACCAAAUGCUCUCCAACUGCUAGUAGGUAUAUUUUCCAUAACAGUGGACUAAAGCUGUUCUGAAAUGAAAACACUGAAAUAUGGACACCUCCAUCACUCUGCAGUCCCUCUUAUUGUGCAGCUCUUUUUGCUAACGUCUGUCCUUUAUUUGGUGUGCAUUUUCCAGAUUCCUUGCUGUGCUACUGUGUGUGUCCUGCACCACUUUUUAGCCAAGUCUAGCUGAUUAAUACUAUUCCAGCCUCAUCUCCUCUGCCUCUUACAAGUGCAGCAGUUGAUUCGUCCUUAAUGGCUGCUUUUUGACAUCAGAGAGACUUGCCACUACUUAGCCACUUCCAUUUCUUCUAAAAUCUGUGCUUUAUUCCCCACGUCAAACUCAGUUCAUCAUCACAGUGUUAUCUGGAUUGCAGCGUUGUCCUCCUAAAAAUAAUUAUUAUUUAUAUACAGACCGGUUUACCUGAGCUCUCGGGAUGAAUUUAUCGCCAGCUCUGUGCUAAGGUGUUGGAUUGAUGGAAUAGGUAUUACACAGAUAUGCAGGGUUUACAGUAAAUGUGUACCUGGAAACAGAGGGUUUCACAUUGUGCUUUUAUAUUGUUUUCAGAAUUGUUCUCUAACUCCUUGAGAAUGAAGGCCUGAAUGAAAAAGGGGGCUCAGCAUAGCAAUGAUGAUCAGAAGAGAUGUAGUUUUGCUGCCGAUUUAAAUAGAAUUAGGAAUUUGCGCAGGAAGUACUGAAGUAGAAUAAAGAAAACAGUUCCUGAGAAGCUGUUAAUAAAAUGCUUGGGGAUUCCAGAAGCUAUUGUGAUAGUAAAUUGCCUCCUAAAGAUGUCAGACACAAGCUGACCCAAUGAGAUGAUGAACACGGUCAUGUUUAGCCUUCAAAAUAUUGUUGCGUUGAAACUAUUUUCCCAUGAAAUUGACAGAAAAUUUCCUGAAGAAAGCUGAUGGUUAUCUAUUUGUAUUUGUGUGAAAAGUCUUGCUGACAGUUUAAUUGUUGUUUUACAUUAUAGAGAUAGCAAGUAUUCUUAAUCAGAUUUUUACCCUUCAUGGAUGAGGUAAUGUGUACUUUUUCCUGGUAGUUGUGGUUUUUAGGUUCCUUCAGGUUCUUUGCAUGUAUGCUUGUGCUCCAGACUGAGAUCUUAUUACAGUUAAUAGGAAAAAAUAUGAUUUUAUUUUAAAAUUGUCCCAUAUGGAAAAUACGUUUUAAGAUCAGUGCUAACAAUGAGCAAUGUUAUACAAACCACCAGGAUAAAAUUCCUUUCAAAGUGAUGUGAGCAACAUAUGAGCUAUUCUGAAUCAUCUUUCCUUUGUUUGUAACUCACCUGCCAGGGAAAGUUUUCCAAAUAACAAAUAUGUUUUGAUGGUAAAUAUUACUUCCUUUUUUUUUUAAUAUAUUUUUAACUAAGUUCUAUUCUUUUCCUCAAACUACCCACCUGCUUCAUGUAUGGAACAGUUUUCUUAAUUUUUUUUUCCUAGAAAAAAAGCAGUUUCUUUCUCAAAAUGUUGCAGUCUGUUUUUCUUAAGAUCCUUAAGAUCUCCUGUCUUUCCCAUUGGCAAAUCAGUUUGCUAUUAUUGAUAUUAUUGACAAUUUGUGCUCGAGUGUCAGAGAAAUCAGAAAUAAGUGUGAAGAGCUCGAGGUUUUAACAGCUCUGAGUUGCUCUCUCCUCACACUGUUACCUUGUUCUUGCAGAAGACAAUGGGUGAGUCUGAAUACCAAAUUGCUUGGGGUUAUUUUUACAUGUUGUCUGUGCUGU